CUUGUCAUUACCGGAAGUGAUAGUGUCAGUCACCAGCUGUGUUGGGGAAAGUGUUUAGUAUGGACAUUUAGCGUUUUGGUACCUUUUUAUUUUCAAAUUUCACUAUGAUUAAGGCCAUUCUCGUAUUUAAUAACCAUGGGAAGCCUCGAAUGAGUCGAUUUUAUCAGCACUACGCAGAAGACAUUCAGCAACAGAUCAUCAGGGAAACAUUUCAUCUCGUGUCAAAGAGGGACGACAAUGUCUGCAACUUCUUGGAAGGGGGAACGCUCAUCGGAGGCUCUGAUUACAAGUUGAUCUACCGUCAUUACGCCACGCUGUACUUCGUGUUCUGUGUGGACUCCUCGGAAAGUGAACUGGGGAUUCUGGACUUGAUACAGGUAUUUGUGGAGACGCUAGACAAGUGUUUUGAGAACGUUUGUGAGCUGGACUUAAUCUUCCAUGUCGACAAGGUCCACUACAUCCUGGCGGAGCUGGUGAUGGGUGGUAUGGUGCUGGAGACGAACAUGACGGAGAUUCUCACCCGCAUCGAGGAGCAGAACAAGAUGGAGAAACAAGAGGCUGGUAUUGCUGCAGCUCCAGCUCGAGCUGUGUCGGCCGUCAAAGACAUGAACAUUCCACAGAAGAUCAAGGACAUCAAACUCCCAGACUUACCAUCAAUAGGCAACCUGAAGUUCUAACUGCCCUCAUCGUGUCGAUGUACAUCAAUCACAAAGAUACCAUUGGUUGGCAAUGUCAAGGACAGAAAUUCCUUGACUCGCCACCAAUGGGCUACAUCAAGCCCUGACUUUCAUGUGUCGAUGAAUAUCAAUCAUAUAAGUUACCAUCAGUUGGCAAUGUCAUGGACAGAAACUCCUUGACUCGCCACCAGCGGGCAAUGUCAAGCUCUGACUUUCAUCGUGUCUAUGUAUUUUAAUCAUAUAGGUUAUGCUGGAUCAAUCAGUGUCUGAAAUGAAGAGAAAUUUGCGUGUCCUUAAAGUUUUGAAUUUAGUGUCUUCAGACCAAGAAUAAUGUUAGGUUAUGACAGGGACCCAUUGAUUUUCAUCCUUAAUUCUGUGCUCUGAUCCUGAUCAAAAUAUCAUUAUUCCUGAGGUCUCACUUAGUCCACUUCACAUGAUUUAGAGCUGGAAUAUACCAGGACGAUUAAUGACCGUUUGUGCAUGUUGAGGUGCAUGCAUUGUUUUGUGUACAUUAAGUGCAAUCUUCAUUGUGUGUCUGUUUGUUGAAUCAUUUGGUGAUAGACAUGAUCAUUUAUGGGUAUCACUUAUGGGACUUGAUGUCGAGAAGGUGCCUGUUUGUGUUUCCAUUAUUAAAGGCAGAAUAUCACAUCUC